GCGUUGAAUUUGGAGGAAUUGUCGAAAUUGUUUCUGAUAAUGAUAGCAGUAUUAAGUCGAACAUUGAGGGUAAAAAACUUCAACCAGUAAAUGACACAAAUUUUCAGUUCUCUUUUAGUGAUGAAAAGAUUUCAGAUCAAUGUGGACAUUCAUCAUAUGCAUAUUUGUCGUGGCAAAAUUUGAAUACUAAUUUAUUACCACCUUGUUACACAAGUAUCAAUAAAAAUUCACAAUGGAAUUAUGGUUUUAUUAACGAUGCGAAACAACCAUAUCUCUACCGACAAGAUUUGUCUUCACAAUACUACUAUAUUGCUUUUUAUGAAGAUUAUCAAUCAUUAAAUGCUAAACUCGAUUAUAUAAAAAAUAAUAAUUUAGCAGGAAUCGCGAUCGCUGAUAUCACAAAAGAUUCACAAUUGAUAAACUUUAUUUCGGGAAAUAAUCCACUAGGAAAUGAAACUUCGGGUACCCAUCCACCUUCAUCCACAUCAUCUUUACCCACAUCAUCUUCGUCCAAUGUAGGUGCGAUAGUGGGUGGUGUAAUAGGUUCCUUGAUUUUUGUUAGCGUAUUAGUAGCUCUUGGUAUCAUAUUGUAUCGAAGAAGGCACGAAGCAAAAAUGUCUAAUCCACUUAUAGAUACAAAUAAUCAGCCUUGUUUGGAUACAAAUCCUCAGGAUUACUCUUAUAUAAAUCGUCAGAUUCGUCCGGAUACAAAUAAUCGGAUUUUCUCAGACACAAAUCAUAAAGUCUCCUAA